CACACGAAUCCACCUCGGUCUCUCUCUUCUCCGAAGCGACCCACACUCCCCGUGCCCGAGCCAGAGAGUAUGGCCGUCUCUGUCCGUUGCUGCUUCGGCUCCUCCUCCCUUUCGCACCACGCGCGACUACUCCUCGUCAUCGUUGCGUUGCUCGCGCCUCGGCUCGCUUCCGGCUGCGACCGCUGCGUGCGCCGCUCCAGAGCGGCUUACUACACCUCCUCGCUCACGCUGACUGCCGGUUCUUGCGGGUAUGGCACGGCGGCCGCGACCUUCAACGGCGGCGGAUUCCUCGCCGCCGCGGGCCCCGCGCUGUACCGGGGCGGCGUCGGCUGCGGCGCGUGCUACCAGGUGAGAUGCAAGGACAAGAAGCUGUGCAGCAACGCGGGCGCCCGUGUCGUCGUCACGGACCGCGCCAGGACGAACCGCACCGGCCUCGUUCUGAGCAGCCCGGCGUUCGCCGCCAUGGCCCGCCCCGGCAUGGCCGCGUCGCUCACCGAGCUCGCCGCCGUGGACGUCGAGUACAAGAGGGUACCGUGCGAGUACAGGCACAGGAGCCUCUCUGUCAGAGUCGACGAGAGAAGUCGCGGACCCAACGAGCUCACCAUCAGCUUCCUCUACCAAGGCGGCCAAACCGACAUCGUCGCCGUCGACGUCGCCCAGGUUGGGUCGUCGAGCUGGAAGUUCAUGACGAGGGAGCACGGACCGUCGUGGAGCAUGGCGAACGCGCCGCCGGGGCCGCUGCAGAUGAGGCUGGUGGUGACCGGCGGCUACGACGGGAAGUGGGUGUGGGCCGACCGGGAGGUCCUGCCGAGGCGGUGGCGCGCCGGCGAGGUCUACGACACGGGGGUCCAGAUCACUGACAUCGCCCAGGAAGGCUGCUUCCCCUGCGACACGCACGAGUGGAAGUAGAAGCCCAGCCACACGUACUUCUCCUGUCGUCACGGCCAUUUUGGUUGGGCUUUGAUGAGAAAGAAGACGUCUCUCGGCUCGCCUCCAGUAGAGAUUUCACUGACCCGAUUUAGAGUCCUCCUAAUCCCUCGGCAACUUCAGAAUUUCCUCCUCCGUUUCUUCUUCUUCUUUUCCAACUUUGUACAUGAGCUACUAACUAAUGUGUAAAGAUAAAAUUAAAGCAAGUUACAAACCGUCCCGUCCCAUUGGGAGCCUAAA